GUUUCCUUUAGGGAAUUACGUUGUUUACGCAAUUCCAUACAUGCGAAUUUAUUUUUCACGUACAUCAUGUCAGCACUUCUAUGGAUACUAACACUCUCUGUACAGAUUUCAACGCAUACCAGUUUGGGUGGUUGUAUUGUCCUGGUAACACUUUUCCAUUUUUUUACUUUAACCAAUUUCUUUUGGAUGCUAGUUGAAGGACUUUAUCUGUAUAUAUUGGUGGUGAAAACCUUUUCGGGUGAUAAUAUCAGAUUUAAUGUAUAUGCCUUGAUUGGUUGGGGUGGUCCUGCUGUCUUUGUUGUUGUUUGGUCUAUAGCCAAAGGUCUGACAAUGUCAUCUGCCACAACUGAUCAGAUACAAAUAGAGGGUUGUCCGUGGAUGCAAGAAACUCAUGUGGACUGGAUAUUUCAAGGACCUGUUUGCGUGGUUUUAAUAAUAAAUUUAAUAUUUCUAUUGCGCAUCAUGUGGGUGUUGAUAACAAAAUUACGUUCUGCCAACACGGUAGAAACCAGACAAUACCGUAAAGCAGCUAAAGCUUUAUUGGUGUUGAUACCAUUGUUUGGCAUCACAUAUUUAGUUGUAUUAGCUGGUCCCAGUGAGGGUGGUGUCAUGAGUCAUAUGUUUGCCAUAUUACGAGCUCUACUGCUAAGCACCCAAGGAUUUUCAGUUUCAUUAUUCUAUUGUUUUUUAAAUUCUGAAGUCAGAAAUGCUUUAAAGCAUCAUAUAUCAACAUGGCAGGAUUCUCGUAAUAUAAGACUAAAUCAAUCAAGAAGAUACGUUUCCAAGGGUUUUGCCAAAGAUACUUCACCCAAUACGGAAAGUAAAAGGCCUUUAACUUCGUAUUAUGGCAAGGGUAAAAGAGAAUCGUGUGUUUCAUCGGCCACAACCACAACAUUAGUUGGUCAACAUCAUUCUCUAUCGUUACAACGUGGCUCAAAUGGUGCUCUACACAUGUUGCCCACCGCUACCGCUCUAACCGUUAUGCCCCGGGCUGUUAGUCCUUUGAUGAAG